AUGACAAAAAAAGAGUGGCAACAGGCCAACUACCAAGACAAGCGGCAAAAGGACCAGCAGUAUCACAAUAGGGGCCACAGAUCUUUUCACAAUGAUAGCCGCGACAAUCGUGACAACUGCCACAACAAGGUCGCCGCAAAUGCUCAAAAGUUUGAGGUUUUCACAGUCUUAAUGGCAUCAUAUGAAGAAAUAUAUGAUCAGUGUAAGGAUCAAAUCCCACCACCACCCCCAAGAAAAUACCCUAGGGUAGGAAAACCUAGAAACACUAGCAAAUGGUGCAAACAUCAUGAAGAUAGCGGUCACAACACCAACGACUGCAAUGCCCUCAAGACUGCAAUUGAGUCAUUAUACCGCAAUGGAAAGUUGGAGCAGUACAAGGUCCGACAACCACCUCCGGUUGUCGCCAACAUCGAAACAAUGUGGCGAAUUAACACCAUUGAUGGCGGUGCUUUCAUAGGCAGCUUAUCACAUGGAGCAAGAAAGCGUUUUGAGUGUGCUAACCACCCAAAAGAAGUAUUCAACAUCCGCUAUGACCGAUCCGCCAAAAUGACCAGAACAGGUUGGGAACCAAUCACUUUCUCUGAGGAGGAAGAGAGAGGUAUUCAUUCACCCCAUGACGACCUAUUUCUGAUAGAUGCAGUCCUCGACAAGUGGUCCGUAGAAAGGGUACUGGUAGAUAGCGGGUCCACUGUCAACGUCAUAGUCAAUGACUAUUAUAAGCAACUGCAAUGCAACAAUAAACUGCUACAAGACCACGAGCCGCUACUAAGUUUUUCCGGAGAUGUAACCCAACCUCUAGGGUCAUAUUAUAUGCGCCUAUCCAUUGAGACAGUCCUAUGUACAGCGGAAAUACAUAUUGAGUUCAUUGUGGUAGAUUGCUUCAGCUCAUACAAUGCCAUUAUCGGUCGCCCAGCUCUCAACAAACUCAAAUGCAUCAUCGUCGGGUAUAUGUUACUCAUGAAGUUCCCAACACCUAACGGCACUAGUUCCGUCAAGGGAAGCCAAUCAAUUGCACGAGAGUGUUACGCAAUAACGGUGUCGAGGUCAAGAGGUCGCCAUGAAAUCUUAACGGUAGCCAACACACCACAGUUGACCGACAAAAUUGAUGACCCCAGGGAUGACGAGGAAAAAUACUACAAAAAGAGUCCGUCAACCCAGAGACAUCGCUCCGCAUUGUAA